UCUGUCAGUGGCUUAUUUGCUUUGUAAAAAUGUAUUCACAUUGAUAACCAACAGUCAGAGGCUGAGGGGACCUGAGUGGAAAAACAAUACUAUAAAUGGGAUUCAUUUUGGACCUGUUGAUAGUAAAGGGAAAGAGGAAAAAAAGGCAGCGAUUGGGAAUGAGACGGCAGAGCAGUAUGGUGAGGUGAUUUAGGGAAAAGAAGGCAGGAUAUGUGACAGGAUGAAGGUGAAUAAUACGGAGAAAACGGGAGCAAAAGUGGGCUGGGAGAGGAGGAGGGGUUGCGCUGAAGUGAGCGAGAGGGAGGAGAGGAAGGGAGGCAGGCUAAAUCCUCACACCAUUAUUAUCAGGACUCACAUGCAGCCCCUCCUGUGAUGGAGUGAGAGCAGAUAGAGAGAGAUAAAGAAAAGAUGGAGUUAAAAAGGAAAUGGAAAGCAGGAUUACUGGUGUGACAGCACCGGCAGAUGAGCGGCAGCGCAACGUUGAGGGAGAGAGAGAAACUCUGGUGGGAAAAAAAACAAAACAAAUCAGUGCAACAGGAUGAGGACCUGCUAGUGCACAACCGGCCCGACCCCGCAGACCUGCCAUCUGUCCCGCUGUUCUCUCCGUGUUCCCGACGCUCCCACCAUCAACCAACAUCUGGAUCACCUUGCAUCCAUAUGGGAAAGAGGGCGAGGGGGGGCCACAGAACCAAAAUCUUAUCCUCCCCUCAUCCUUUUUGAUCACGGGACCUGAGGAGGCGCAUCAUCACUGGAGGGGAUCCCUUGCUGCGGAGUACCAUCACCACAGGGGCUGAUAACUGGACCCAAGGAGGGGGAAAAACUUUUGCUCUAAAGAUGCAGAGGCUUGCACAGGACCCUUCCUUAUCUGUGUGUGAGAUUUUCUAACUUCCCAUGGAUCUGUUGUGUCUUUUACCCCCGAGCAGGGAGAGGGAAAAGGAGACAGAGGAGGCGGAGAGGGGGAGAAAGGAGGAAACGGUGGGGAAGCGUCACUGCUGCUGCUGAAGUGUUGCCGGCGUUUGUGCUCCUCUGCUGAAGAGGUAUUUUAUCAUUCUUCCUCUCCUCCCCUCCUCUUUCGCUCCUCUCCUCAUCCGACCAGCGGGGAGCCUGAAGGAUACAGACAGAGAGCUAAACACAGUGCUGAGAGGGGAGAGAGGCAGGUGAAAACCAGGUGAAAAAGGAAAGAAACAGUAAUAGAGGGGAAGACCUUUGGAGGGAAGAAGCCAGGGGAAUGAUGGAGCAGCAGGAGUUCAAGUUGGAUGACAGCAGAAAGUGCAGGCAGUAGGCUGGCAAGAUGGCCAUUCCCAGGGGACAACCUCCUCCCUCACCUUGGCCUCCACUCUUCCUCCUCCUCCUCUUCCUGCUCCUCCUCCUCUCCUCCCCGCUGCCCCUGCAAGCCCGGCCACUCCUUCUCAACCCGUCCAUCAACGUGGCGGUGGUGUUCAGCGGCUCCAGCUACCAGAAUGAGGUCAGAGGUCGUCUCAGUGGGGAAAACUUUGUGGACCUGCCCGUGGUGGUCAGCCCAGUGACCGUGCUGGUCAACGACACCAACCCCCGUGACCUGCUGACACGUCUCUGCGACACCAUGGCAACGGAGAGGCUGCAUGGCGUGGUGUUUGAGGAUGAUGUAGGCUCGGGUGCCGGUGUUCAGGUGGCAGAAGUGGCACAGAUCCUGGACUUCCUCUCCACUCAGACAGCGCUGCCAAUCGUGGGCAUCAGUGGUGGCUCUGCAGUCGUCAUCCCAUACAAGGCAGAGGGAUCCUCCUUCCUGCAGAUGGGAGCGUCUCUGGAGCAGCAGAUCCUCUGCAUGUUCAAGCUCAUGGAGGAGUAUGACUGGGGCGAGUUUGCAGUGAUCACCAGCUUGCUGCCGGGAUAUGACACCUUUGUGGACAUAGUUCAGUCCUACACAGAUACCUCCUAUUUCCUGUGGAAUCUACAGGAUAUUUUGACUCUGGAAAUGUCUGUUGGGGCCAAUGAUGCAAGGACCAAGCGCAUGCUGCAGCAGGUGGACUCUCAGGUCCUGCUGGUAUAUUGCUCCUACGAGGAGGCGCAGUACUUGUUCCAUCAGGCAGCUGAGGUGGGCCUGCUGGGGCCAGGCUACAUCUGGAUCCUCCCCAGCCUGGCCGUGGGCAACCCCGACAGCCCUCCACCUGUCAGCUUCCCUGUUGGCGUGAUUGGUGUAAUUACAGACCAGUGGAGGAAAAGCUUGCGGCAGAGGGUGAGGGAGGGAGUCGCCAUCGUAGCCAAAGGGGCCGAAAGCUUCAAGAAACAGUACGGUUUUAUUCCUGAGGGUCAUGGCGACUGCAACAAGCCGGCUAAACAGUCAGACAACAAUACUCUUUUCAGGCACAUGCUGAACGUUACGUGGGAAAGGAGAGAUCUGUCGUUCAACAACCAAGGCUUCCUCUCCAACCCAUCCAUGGUCAUCAUUGCUUUGGACCGGGAGAGACUUUGGGACAAGGUGGGUACGUACGCUCGGGGGAUCCUCCAGGUCCGCUACCCUGUUUGGCCUCGGUAUGGCAGCUUCCUGGAGCACGUGUCUGAUGAUCGUCACCUGACUGUGGCAACGCUGGAGGAACAUCCCUUCGUCAUGGUGGAGCACGUGGACCCUGGCACCGGCACAUGUGUCCGCAACACGGUGCCCUGCAGGCGUCAGUCCAAUCAAACGGAGAGCAUCAUUGGCCAUGCAGAGUCCUACACCAAACUGUGCUGUAAGGGCUUCUGCAUAGAUAUCCUGAAGAAGCUGUCCCGCACCAUCAAGUUCUCCUAUGACCUCUACCUGGUCACCAACGGAAAACACGGCAAGCUGGUCCGUGGGAUUUGGAACGGCAUGAUUGGGGAGGUUGUUUAUAGACGAGCUGACAUGGCCAUUGGCUCCCUCACUAUCAACGAGGAGCGUUCAGAGAUCAUUGACUUCUCAGUGCCGUUUGUUGAGACAGGCAUCAGCGUCAUGGUAGCCCGCAGCAACGGGACAGUUUCCCCAUCUGCCUUCCUUGAGCCCUACAGCCCAGCAGUGUGGGUCAUGAUGUUUGUGAUGUGCCUGACAGUCGUGGCGGUGACAGUUUUUGUGUUCGAAUACUUCAGUCCAGUCGGCUACAAUCGCAGUUUGGUGAGCGCCAAAGCUCCUGGUGGUCCAACGUUCACCAUUGGGAAGUCAGUGUGGCUCUUGUGGGGCAUCGUCUUCAACAACUCUGUCCCCAUUGAAAACCCCAAAGGAACAACCAGUAAGAUCAUGGUUCUGGUCUGGGCCUUCUUCGCUGUCAUCUUCCUGGCUUCCUACACUGCCAACCUGGCUGCCUUCAUGAUCCAGGAGCAGUAUAUCGACACAGUGUCGGGCCUCUCCGACAAGAAGUUCCAGAAACCACACGAGCAUUACCCUCCUUUUCGCUUCGGGACGGUCCCGAACGGGAGCACAGAGAGGAACAUCCGCAGCAACUAUCCUGACAUGCACACACACAUGACGAAAUACAACCAGAAGGGGGUGGAGGAAGCCCUAGAAAGCCUCAAAACCGGGAAGCUGGAUGCCUUCAUCUACGACGCUGCUGUUUUGAACUACAUGGCUGGGAAAGAUGAGGGCUGCAAGCUGGUGACCAUUGGCAGCGGGAAAGUGUUCGCUACCACAGGAUACGGCAUCGCUCUGCAGAAGGACUCCCGCUGGAAAAGGCUUAUUGACCUGGCGCUGCUGCAGUUCCUCGGAGACGGAGACACCCAGCGCUUGGAGACCGUGUGGUUGUCGGGCAUCUGUCAGAACGAGAAGAACGAAGUGAUGAGCAGCAAGCUGGACAUCGACAACAUGGCAGGCGUCUUCUAUAUGCUGCUGGUGGCCAUGGGCCUCAGCCUGCUGGUUUUCGCCUGGGAACACCUACUCUACUGGAAGCUACGACACUCCCUGCACAAGUCUCACAAACUUGACUUCCUGUUGGCCAUUAGUAGGGGUAUUUACAGUUGUUUCAAUGGAAUGGAGGAUCCUGGGCGUUCAUCUGGUUUGGCCAAACCUGACCUCACCUCCAACUACGCCCAAGCAAACAUGCUGAAGAUGCUUCGCACUGCCAAGGACCUGGUCUCCACUGCCAAUGUUGAGAGCUCCCUUGACAACGCCACUAAAACCAUAGAGCAGUUGAGUCGUCAUGGCGGCAGCUUGCCUAUUCGUGUUCCACAAGUCGCCACAGAGGCCGCGCCUGGAGGAUUUGCUUAUGUUAUGGAGAAUCACUCCUCCCUCCCCCAGCGCUCGCUGACGCCACCUCUGACUGCUGUUACGUCUCUGAAACAGCAGAGGGGUGUGGCGAGGCCCACGCCGCUCCGCUACACGCUCCCGACUCGCUCGUCUUCAUGUUUGUAUGACCGUCCGCUCCCCGUGUCCAGCCUCAGCAGCCCCCACCUGGCUGUGGGUGAGCCACUCCCUCAUCAGCACCCACACCAUUACCAGACCACAGGGAGACUCUACGUAGACAACCAUCCUCACUCGCCCUUCAUCCCCUACGCUGAUCUCCAACUGCCUGACAUCUACACCUCUCACCCGGUGUCCUCGCCUCAGAACCCACACGUCCAAGCCGGCUUCUCCCGACGGAAAAGGAGGUCCAAGAGUUUCCAGUGUGAGGAAGGGGAUGUGGAGAGGAGGAAACACAGGGACCAGGAGAAGAGCAACAAAAGUCCCGUCUGUCUGAGUGAGCUGAAAGCCAACCACCUCCAAGAAAACCACAUCUCCACGCCCAGUGUUGACAGCAUCUACUCAGGGGAGGGCAUGGGUCCUCUGGUAGAGAACUACAGCUCCUGGCCGCCAGAGGACCUUGUGCUGAGAGGGAGACGCCGGCACCGCCGCCCCUCUUUCCUUAAAGCGACCUGGGGUAUCGAGCAGACACGCCAGCUCGACGAAUCCCAGUCAUCCCUGUCUAGCCAAUCACCUUCCACCUUGCCAGACCUGUUCCCAUGCAUUCUCACACCGACCACACCUGCCAAGGCCUACAACCCCGCCCACCUUCGAAACAACCUGUGCCUCCCACGGAACCAGGCCUACCUCCACAUAAGGGAGGACCAGAGGAGGCCCAAUGGGCGUAAGGGCCAGAGGCUGCGCUACUCCCACUCCACCCACCUCCCCACAUACGGAGAAGCAGUGCGACAUGGGACUGGGUUUGGGCGGGGGAUGGUGCGGAGAGCCACCAGCUUGCUCAGCAGACAGUACGCCCACUACCUAAACUCAUAUCCAGGACUACCCCUCUACCACGGCCCCCUGGACCUGCAGCACCACAGCCAGACCUCCAGCAGCCACCCGAGCCCCAGCCCAGUUUGCCAGCUGCUGGCCUGUGGUGGCGGGCGCUGUGGGGGCCAGCGGGCACUGCUGUACCAGGACAGUGUGUAUGGGGCUUACGGGGUCUAUCAGGGGUCCCAGACUGGAUCAGAGGCUCAGAUAUGUCAUGGAGCAGGGGGCCAGCCUGCAGGGAGCCCCUGCGUUCUUCGUCCCUGGCGACGGGUGUCCAGUCUGGAGUCUGAGGUCUGAUGGUGAAGCCAAAAGGACCUCAUAACAUGGACACUUGGGAGUUCCCGAGAACAAGACCACUGUGGAGAGGGUGUAGUGGUUAGAUUAAUGAAACGGGGGGAAAAUUAUGACUUGAAGUAAGUGUUAAUUUUCUAUGUGACUUUGUGUGGUAAUUAAUAGAAGUUUGGGUCUACAGAAGUUUAGGACCGAUUUGAUGUACGCUAAAGUAAGAUAAGAAAACUGCACUGUUAUCAAUUUAUCCUCAAGAAAGCUGUCGAAAGCUGGAGAUUGAGUUGGCAGGUUUUACUCGCUGCUUUCUUACGACAACGCUUGUGUAUUUUUCUGUGCUUUAAUGUGCACUAAGAUUUACGACAGUCCCACGGUGUUGGCGCAUGGUUAAACUAUAACCAGAGUUUUCAUGCUGUGUGUGUGUUGUGUAUAUUUUAUCGUGGGUGGUUGGGAUUCAGUCUUGGGUGUUGUGGAGUAGAUGAACUGUUUACAGCAGGGGGAGAAGUAGUGGAAGAAUAAGGGAUAGUCUCUUUAAAUAUACAGCCACCAAAAACAAAGCAGCCACUGUAGCAAGAUUGGUGAAGACAGCUGUCACGUACAGUGGGAUCCAAAAGGUCUGAGACCACUUCUGGACCCCACUGUACUUGUGAGGAGUUUAAUUCCAAACUAAAACAUUCAAUAUUAAAACAUUUUGACUCCAGACACAGAAGAGCAGCAGUUUUCUAGAAUGAAAUAAUUGUUUUGAGACGUCUGUUAAUGAAUUUCAGGUAACUUCAUGAAGUAUUUUUCAUGUUUUGGAGCUAAACCCUUCACGUCUUCAUUUAGCAACGAGUUAGAGGAAGCAGAGACUUUGUGAAAGCAGUCCAUAUGAACACAAUCUGCAAAAAUGAUGAAAGUAUCGGGACAGCAUUGACCAGCACUAGGUGUCUUAAACCUUGGACUCUUGUUGACCUCACUGGGUCUCAGCUCGAGGCUACAGCACAACAUCACACAGGGCCUCACAAUAAAUAGAUUCUGUAUUCUAAGUACUAUAUCGAUAUAGAGAAAAUGUGUUAUUUGAGGCUGGUUAGUGUCAUAUUCAUGUAUUCUACAUAUGAUAGAAGUUUAUAGUCACUCUUAAAAUUUUCUAAUUACACUUCUGGCACAUUCUGCGUUUUUUUUCUUUCUUUUUUGUAAAGCUGUUGCUGAUUUACUGAAAUAUUUGUUAUUACUGUAUUAACUCUAUCAGUUGGCCUAUAUUAAGAUUUUCAUCACUCUCUUUUCCAGUCUUUUAUAUUUCCCUCAUCACCCCUCUUUUAUUUCCCAUCCCCUCUAACUGUUUAAUGAUCAAAUUUAAAUGAGGUAAUUGAAAGCUAUUCUAGUAUCUAUAUUACCCGGCUCCCUCACCCUGUAAUUAAUCACUUAGACCAAUUAAAGAGCCUUUUUGGAUGAACAUG